GCGGGCGGCGCGGGCCGCCAGGGGGCGCUGCGGCGGGCGCUGUGAGGGGCGGCCAUGGCCCGGUGGGGCCGCGCUCAGCAGGACCCCGAGUGGGCGCCCGAGGCCUGGCAGGGCGCGGGCCCCGAUCCCGGCGCGGGCCCCGGCGGGGCGGCCCCGGCGGGGCUGUCGCUGCGGGCGGUGGCGGCGGCGGAGCGGCGGCUGGAGCGGAGCGUGGAGGCGGCGGAGCGGCGGCUGGAGCGGCUGGAGCGGCGCGUGGCGGGGCUGGAGCGCACGGUGCGGGCCGGCGGGGCCCGGCUGGCCGCGCUCCUCAGGGACAACUCCCGCCGCCUCCGCCGCAUCCAGCGCCAGCUCCGCCGCUGCCGCUGCGGGGGCAACCGCGCCGGCACCGGCACCGGCACUGGCACCGGCACUGGCCGGGAGAGGACCCAGGUGCCAGCGGCGGGUGAGGGGGAGGCGGGUGCUCUGCCAGAGCAGGAGCUGGGGAGCCUGGACAGCCGGGAGCUCCGUGGGACCGCCAGGAAGGGGAAUUACGAGGCCAUGGUCCCUCUCGGGUCGGAAGAUGCUGGUUCCAAACCUGCACUGCUGUCACCAUCCGAGGACAGGGAGGAUCCAGGGAGCCCCGGGCUGCCAGAGAAGGGAGCGGUGCCAGGACAGCUUGGUGACAGUGAGAUGGUUGUGAUCAAGACAGAAGAGCAGCAGCCGCAGGAGGAGGGAGCUGAGCUGCUGGCACUGCCCAUGGUGCCCGCGGUCAGGCUGGACGAGGAGCUUCCCCUCAGCCAGGAGCAGCCGCUUUCCUGGGAGAGCCACGGCGUGGCAGGGCCGAAGGCGGCCAGCACGGGCUUGGGGGAAUUCUGCCUGGGGGAAUUCAAGCCGGUGGUGGUGCCGGUGGAGGCUCACCCUGCCCCAGGCCUGCCCUUCCCCACGGAGCACGCGCUGGGCACAGCGGGCACGGAGCAGCCGUUCGCCCUCGCCCAGGGAAUGCCGCUGGGAGAAGACCCCGCGGCCGAGGUGGCCUCGCCGCAGCCCGGCUGGGAGCAGCAGAGUCCCCAAGACGAUCCCGGGGCGCUGCCGCCGGGCUGGAAGAGCGUCCGGCUGACACGGAACCUCCUGGCACGGCAGCAGAGCCGGGCGAGGAAGAGCAACGGCUCCUUCAUCUGCACGUCCUGCGGGAAAAGCCUGGCGCACCACGCGGCGCUGCUGCGGCACCAGCGCCUGCACACGGGCGAGCGGCCCUUCCAGUGCCCAGCCUGCGGGAAGAGCUUCAACGAGAAGUCCAACCUCAACAAGCACUACCGCAUCCACACCGGCGAGCGGCCGUACCGCUGCCCCGCCUGCGGCAAGGGCUUCGUGCAGAAGCACCACCUGCAGAAGCACCAGCGCAUCCACGGGCCGCAGCUCCGCAGCGCGUGGCCGGGCCGGCCGGCGCGGGCUGGCGCCACCGGCGAGCGGCUCUACCGCUGCAUCGAGUGUGCCGAGAGCUUCCCCCAGAAAACGUCGCUGGAGGAGCACCAGCGCCGGCACACCCAGCAGCGCCCCUUCCAGUGCCACGGCUGCACCAAGAGCUUCCGGCACCGGCAGUCGCUGAACCACCACCAGAAGGUGCACGCCGUGGCCGCCUCUCCGGCCAGCAGCUUGCCAGGACAUGAGGCAGAGCUGGAGCCCUGCGAGGCUCUGAGCCAGGAUAAUCGGUAGCCAGAGGGCUGGAGAAAGAAGGGACAGUGGUUCUUCAGCGUGGCACACACCGGGCAGCUGGGACUUGUGGAACACCAGGAGUUUGUCCAUGAUGCUGUGGGAUUUGUGGCACCACCUGGGUCUCAGGAGGAGGAGGGGGGAGCCUGCUGUGCUGUUCCAGCAGGGAAGGGCCCAGGGUGGGUUGGGAGUUGGGACUGGCCACGAGGCAGCAGAGGAGGGGAGGGUCAGUGGCUGGGGCCGAGCUGGGUGGUGCCACUGCCCUGUGGAUUCAGCUGAGGAGUGACUGUGCCAGAUCCCAGGCUGGAACUUGGGUUGUUUGAACACUACCACUGUGCAGGGAGGGGUCAGUGGCCUGGGGGCAGCUGAUAGCCCUGAGAAGGCUGUGGGGGCUGGGUGGCAGGACCAGCUGGGAAGAGAAUCAGAUAAAAGACUGAGCUGA